GGGCAGAGCAGAGCGGCAGAGAGGCAGCCCGGUGAUUUUCCACUGCCGCUGAUGCCUCUCCUCAAAGCCCCCGUCUCGAUACAAAGGUCAAAACGAGCCGAGCUUAUAAUAGGAGAGCGACGCGUGCGGAUCUCACAGUCUGUCGCGCGGAGACAGUACGGACACGAGCACGAAGAAUCGAUGAAAAAAACACAAACAAGGGACUUCACUUUUUAAGGACGAUAAAAGGACAAAAUCAACAGACAUCGCAUCAACUCAGAAUGUCUCAGAAGGAGAAGCUGCAGUGCCUGAAGGACUUCCAUAAGGACACCCUGAAGCCAUCCCCCGGAAAGAGCCCUGGGACCAGGCCUGAGGAUGAGGCUGAAGGGAAGCACCCUCAGAGGGAGAAGUGGGCCAGCAAACUGGACUUUGUCCUGUCUGUGGCGGGGGGUUUCGUGGGCUUAGGCAACGUGUGGCGCUUCCCCUACCUCUGCUACAAGAACGGCGGAGGUGCAUUCCUCAUCCCCUAUUUCAUCUUCCUGUUUGGUGGAGGGCUGCCCGUCUUCUUCUUGGAGGUGGCCCUUGGACAGUUCACCUCCGAGGGGGGUAUCACCUGCUGGGAGAAGCUCUGCCCCAUCUUCACCGGAAUUGGUUAUGCCUCCAUUGUGAUCGUGUCUCUGCUAAACAUCUACUACAUCGUCAUUCUGGCCUGGGGCGUGUACUAUCUGUUCCAGUGCUUCCAGCCAGAGUUGCCCUGGGCUCGCUGUAACCACCCCUGGAACACAGACCGCUGCAUUGAGGACACGUAUCGAAAGAACAAAACCCUGUGGAUGGCUGCCAACGCCACCAGCCUCUCCAACUUCACCUCCCCUGUCACCGAGUUCUGGGAACACAAUGUACUGGGAAUCACCAGUGGGAUCGAGGAUAUUGGUCCGAUCAAAUGGGACCUGGCCCUGUGUCUGCUACUGGUCUGGGUCAUCUGCUUUUUCUGCAUCUGGAAGGGAGUCAAGUCCACCGGAAAGGUGGUCUACUUCACUGCCACUUUCCCCUUUGUGAUGCUAAUCGUCUUGUUGAUCCGUGGAGUGACUCUGCCUGGUGCUGCCGAAGGAAUCAAGUUUUACCUGUACCCCGACCUCAACCGCCUCAAGGAUCCGGAGGUAUGGAUUGACGCGGGCACCCAGAUCUUCUUCUCCUACGCCAUUUGCCUGGGUGCCAUGACCUCUCUUGGGAGCUACAACAAGUACAAAUACAACUGCUACAGGGACUGUUUGCUGCUGGGAGCCCUCAACAGUGGUACCAGUUUUGUGUCUGGAUUCGCAAUAUUUUCCGUCCUGGGCUUCAUGGCACAAGAGCAAGGGGUGGACAUUGCUGAUGUGGCAGAGUCAGGUCCCGGGCUGGCGUUCAUAGCUUACCCCAAGGCAGUCACCAUGAUGCCUUUCCCAACUCUAUGGGCUGUCCUAUUUUUUAUAAUGCUGCUGCUGCUUGGCCUCGACAGUCAGUUUGUGGAGGUGGAAGGGCAGAUCACUUCUCUGGUCGAUCUGUAUCCGUCCUUCCUAAGGAAGGGUUACCGCAGAGAGGUCUUCAUCGCUAUACUCUGCUGCAUGAGUUACCUGCUCGGACUCACCAUGGUCACUAAGGGUGGCAUGUAUGUGUUCCAGCUGUUCGACUACUAUGCAGCCAGCGGUGUGUGCCUUCUGUGGGUGGCAUUCUUUGAAUGCGUUGCUGUUGCCUGGGUUUAUGGCGUUGAUAAUUUCUAUGAUGCCGUUGAGGACAUGAUUGGCUACAGACCAAACCCAUGGAUGAAAUGGAGCUGGACCAUCUUCACUCCUCUGCUCUGUGUGGGAUGCUUCAUUUUCUCCUUGGUCAAAUAUAAGCCAUUGACGUACAACAAGGUCUACCAGUACCCGGACUGGGCCAUCGGUCUGGGCUGGACUCUUGCUCUGGCCUCCAUGAUCUGUAUCCCCAUGGUGGUGGUCAUCAAGAUCAUCCGCUCCGACGGGCCGCUCAUUGAGAGGAUCAAGGCGGUAGCAGCCCCCGUGCGUGGAGGGGCCAGCUCUCGCCCUGCAGGUCACCGUGGGUUGAAGGAAUUCAACUACCCCCUGGACCCCAACAUGAACAAGGGCCUACUGCUCAAGGCCCCCAGCCACACCAUCGUCGAGACCAUGAUGUAGGGGGCGCUCUCCGUGAGAAAACCCCUCCUCUGUCCUCUUCGCUUUUGGAGCUAGCUUUGUCUCUCUGUAUGUCUGUUCGUCUGGUGGACUCAAAAGGGUUUAGGGAAAAAAAAAAAAAAGAUCAAGUUGUUUAGGAAAUUGUUGGGAAAGUAGUGGUAGUUUCUGUAAGCCCGGCCAGUCAGACCUACUCGUUUUCAUGGUGUUUGUUGAAAGUCUCACAGAAAAUGUUCAACUGUAUAACUCCCUUUUCAAAAUGUAAGUUUUAAAAUCAGAUUUCUUGCCCAAAUGCAGAUUGGUUGAAAUAUUUAUUAAAUAACCACUCGGCUUGGUUCUAAAGCUAACGUAACGUCGUCGCCAAGCUAGACCAGACAUUUUUGGCGAUUUCUGUUUUACGAAUUCCAAGUUUACGAAAAUUCUACUCAUAGUAGUUAGCAUUAGUAAGUGUAAUAAGAUAUAAACCCAGAUUAAACCUGAUUAAACAUUGCCAAGUGAUGCUCUUUUACUCAAUUGUACUAAAAAAAAAAUACUAUUAGUAAAUAAGUUAAGGGGUAAUCAUUAGUCAUAGAGAUUUUAACUGAAUAGAUGAUUUUGCAGUUGGCUUGUACAAACUAUUUUGAGAGGCCACCAAACCUCAUCUUUUAAUUAAUUUAGUUUAAAUUUUUGCCCCCCCCCCCCCCUUAAAGUUCCAGUUUCCAAUUCCAAAGAAAAUGCAUUAGGAUGGCUGGUCAGGCAAGGACUUUCUUGAUGAUAAGGGUACCAAUCACAUUUCAAAUCUAUUUCUAAUUGAAGUUGCCCCUCUUUUAAACCUGCUCACGACUCAAUCUAGCACUUAGUUUUAUGGACUGAGUGGCAAAUUUACACCAGCUGAAAGACUUGAAACCAACAACUUUUAAACAUCACAUCUAACAAACUUGUGACAUAAUGUUUUCCAAUGAAUUCAUUACCUGUUUACUACAGGCUUAAGCACUACAAAUAAAGACUUCUUUUUCUUGACCAAUGUUUGGAAGAUCUAAACAUUCAGUGACACCAAGCUAAACCUAAUUUUGCCUUUGGGUAAUUAGCUGUAUGUUGAUAAAAAGUGUUGUUCACUGGCAUCGUUCAAAGAAAUGCUGCAGCCACAGAAAUUGAAUGUAUGAACAUAUAAUCAUAAUUUUAAAGCCAUGAAAAUUCCAUUAUUUUGGGACCACAAAAGGCUAAACGGAAGUCUAUGUCUGGAUUAAAAGAGUUUUUUAUUUUUAUUUUACUUGGUAAGUGAGAAUUCCAAUAUAAGUGUCGAUCAAAUCCUAACCAUUAGCUAAUUAAAUAUUAGCAUGUGAAAUAUGGGACUCGGCUCCAAAUUAGCCACAAUAACUGCUAGCCGCGAUUGACUUUAUUUGGCUGGAGCCGAACACUAUGGAUGACUUCACAUCCUCAAUCCACUUAUACAGUAUUUGAUUCCAACGUAACCACUUAUUUAGCUUUAGCUUAAAUGCAGGUAUAAUUUGUUAACUCUCCUAUAUGCUACAAAUACUGAAAAGCACAUUCUUUGGUGGUUGGUUACAAAAGAUAAACAGGUUAACAAUGUUCCAACUUACCUGGAAAGCACCAAAAUGCUUGCUUGCUAUUGGCUAAAUGCUAACAAGAUAAUUACUAGCACACUUUUGAUGAAGAAAUAACGAGGACCACAUAAAGGCUGCUAUACAUCACUCACUUACCUCAGAAAUUAAAACCGUAUUAGUUGAGACAUAUUUCUUCAAAAUAAAAGCCUGUUACUGAAGCUGGUUCUUGAUUGCACCUUAGCACAAAUCUGCCAUAGCCUUAUAGCACUGUACUUUGUCUAUGGUUUUCGGACUAGAAUAAACUGAAUUUGAAUGGUUUUCUGAAAGGAUUUGAAGUGUGGCGGUCCAACCCUUGAGUAUAGGCUAUUUGUGACGUACUGUAUCGUAGUAGCUUACCAGUCGAUAUAUAUAUAUUGUCUAUAUCUUUCUCUGCCCUAGACCAAUUUACAAUAUAGGCUUUUCCUUUGCGGCUUACAACUUUGGACAUUAUUAUUAUUACUAUGACAACUACUUUUGUCCUCUUUCAAUGUUUAGAUUUUUAUAUUAAGACUAUAAUGUUAUUGGUAUUCACUAUUGAUGAUAUUGCUGUAGUUUGCAUUUAAAGACGGUCUUUUAUUUUGGCGUGCAUUUGUAGAGGCAGCCCACUGGCAACUUUUCAAAGUAAAAGUGCGGCGAAGUCAUGUUGGAAGUGUGCCAAUGGUAGUGUCUAUAAAUGUGUGGGAUAAUGUUUAAACACUUUUGUUUUCUGUAUAUACCAACACUCAGUAUUUUAAUUUAAAGGGCACAAAUUCACAUGUCUGCAACAAAUAGAUGCUCAAAGUAGCUGCUAUUUGAUUUGACACACUUUGGAUAAUUCGGUUAGGACGCCAUGUUGUGCAAGACUUUGAUAAACACUUAAAAGAUUAAAAACCAAACACCAAAACUGUAUUAAAAAAUGAUAUCAAAACUACCCUUUCAAAAUUCUACAUAGGAUUGUGAAUUACUGACAAAAUGAUGAUGAAUUGUUUUUAAGUUUGAAAACGUUAACGAUACACCAAUUUCAUUUGUACUCAAUAGUAUUAACUUUUCUAGUAAUAAAAUAAAAUAAAAAUUGAAAGCUAAUUGUAUUAAAACAGCACUUCAAAGAAAAUGCACUUAAGAUACGUAUUAGUGUUCUUUACACAUGCACUUAACUUUUUAAGUCGAUUGCAGUUAAUGACAAACUAUAUGACGACAAAGAAAAAUCCAACAUGGCUGCCAUUUGAAUCCAAUUGUCCAAACGGUGUCAUAACAAAAGCUGACUGAACCCAAAUUCCAUGGCUUGAGCCCUAUCAUAACUGCCUAUAACUACUUGCAUUUGAUAUACAUUCAUUUUUAUAUCUCUUUGUAACAAACAAUUUUUUCCAUUUGCCUAAUCAUCACCAGCCCAUCUCUCAGGAGCUCCUCUCUUGUGCUUUCGUACUAUCUACUGUACCGGGAUGAAAAAAGUACUUCUACUGCCUUCCCUUUUGAAGUAACCGUAUGGAGAGUUGAUUUUAUUGUUGCACCUUAUUUGUACGAUUGGGAUUCAUAUCAGAGGCCAGAUACACUGCCAUCUUGUAAAAUCAGGAUCCUUCACAUGUAAAAAAAAAAAGAAAUAGUGUUUUAAAAAUGUGAUUUAUGAGCACACACAAUCAUUGAGACCAAUUCAAAGAAUAUUUUUCAAGUCCUUAGUAAUUAUAAACACAUAUUUUCCGUGUUUUUCAUAACAGGUUGUGUGUUUUUAAUUUUAAAGGCCAUUGCAUUCUCCGUCACUACAUAUAUGAUUUUUUUUUUUUUUUUUUUUUCUUUAAGUAUGGCUUAAAGUUUCUCUUAAAAGAUCUUGCACACAAUUUAAACCAAUAAACACUUUUAACAGUAGAGGCAAACUUGAUAGACAUUAGCUGUUAGCAUUGAAGCUAACUGGGGAAUGUUGAAUGAGCUAGCCAAAGUAACAUUCAAUAUUAUUUGCUAAGGUAAUUUUUCAACAAUUAAGUAGCCAGGAAAUUUUGACUUUUGACUAUAUUGACCUAAUUAUCUUGGCAAAGUCACAAAACAAGUCUUAUUUGGCUAGCUAACAGAAAACCAAAGACGCUAAGUAUUCUGGGAAAUGCAGUACUUUAAUAAAAUUGGCUCGUGCUAAAAGCUUGUGCUAAGAUCUCUUACUAUGAACCACAAGCAUAGACUGUAUAUAUAAAUGGACAUAGAUAAUGUGCUAGCCGCCAUGUUCUAAAUAGAUAGUGAUCAUGGACACACUUCCGUUUCCAUCAGUAAUUCACUUUAAAUUGAAAAAUCGACACUCUGAAACCGCUGCAGUGAGCCUUGUUAUUUUGGUCUUAACAUGUUCAUAUUAACCCACUCUACAUGAUCCUGGUAUUUGUAUUGUGCUAUUGUGUUCGUUAAUCAAAAUAUAAACAUUAAUAACAGACAAAUCAGGCCACUUCUUUUCCCGAGGUCGCUCCGGAUUGGCUUUUUGCUUGCGAUGAUACUCGUGGUCGAAAUUCCAAACAUGGAACUUGGCACAAAAUUCACCCCUAUAAUUGCUAGCCUCGAUAAUUUCAUUUGACUAGAGCUAAACGCAAUGGGUGACGUCACAUUCACUUAGUCCACUUCUUUAUACAGUCUAUGACCACAAGCCACAUAUCUUAACAUAUGCAGUAAUACACGUAAUGUUGUAUUUUAAUACAUUUUGCCUUUGUACACUCCCCAUCCGUUAGCCUAAACCAGUUUUUGAUUUAUUUAAAGCAAACAUGCACAUGAAUGUUGAAAUGUGAAAGUAACCUCUGGGUGUAAGGUUAUGUUUUAGCCUGAUAAAAGCAUUUUUUUAUGUUUUAAUUAUUUUGUUCGGGUCAUUUUGUGUUGUCAUUUAUAACUGUGUGUCUUUUUCGCAUUUGCCUUUUGUAUUCCAAAUAUUUGUACCUCUUUCAUUGGACUGUCAAUCAAAAAAACAAAAAAACUGCAACAUGUAUGUGCAAUACUUUGUAGAAAACUUAAAUUUUUAUGCUGGGUAUUCCAAAGUGGUACUUUAUAAUUAAGCUUGUGAAGAAUUUGAACGAUCAGGGUCCAGCUGAAGUAGGCAACAAAUUGCUCCAAAUUGUGACAAAGAAACCAAAACAGAACCACUACAGCAUAUUGUGGUUUGAAUGCACUGAAAAUAAACCAUCAAACUGAAUUUACAAGUAUGAGAUUUUUUCUGACACUUUUAUUUUGAAAUGCAAAAACACUGCCACUAAGCCCACAAUGUCGUAUAGCUGCAUAUAAUCAACUCGCUUAAGCUAUGACGCUACAAAAAGAGAUGUUUUCCCAAAGCAAACAUCUGAAUUCAUCUGAUCGGUGUCCUGAUUCAAGGCAAAACUAGAAUGUUCCACUGUAUGGCAUUAAAGUGGGACAAAACACAUAACAACCGCCCACAAACCACAUUUCAAAUCGAGCUGCUGUAUUGAACUAAAGGGGAGAGUAAAGGGGAAGGAGGAGCUGGGUUUUGAGGGUAUAUGAAAAGAGUGAUUGAUCUAACAGCUGUCCACACUUGUAACUUCUGGCUGUAAUCAAGGCAGUCUUGUGUAAUGUCACAUAGUACUUGAAAUUGCAGUGGCCACCAGAGGCAGUACACACUUUGAUUUAGGCGUUUAUGGUCAAAAAGCUGCAAAUGUACCUAGGUUGCCUUAAAAAUGCCCCAAAAUGACUAGGAACAGUAGAAUGUGCUAUUAAAACACCAAAUACACAGUUUAGUAGUGAAAAAAGUGAAUUGAGUUCAACUUUAAACAAUCUUGCAUAUAUUCAUUGAUAGGUGCAUUUUAUUGCUAUAAGAAAUACCUUGAAAAACUCAAUGAAAACUAGUUAAUGCAAUACUGUGGAACAUUCAGGAGAAAACAACAGCAACAUUGUAUCCCAUGUAUACUCAGAGAACCAGAGUUACAUUUUAACCAACCAUUUGGAUAAAAACAAAACAAAAAAAACAAUAAAAACAUGGCUGCUUUGGUGAAAACACAUCUCUUAUCAUAUCAACACCAUAACUUUCCCAAAUUGCAUUUUCAUACGCUCAUAUUGACGACACUGCUGCCUUAGAGCAUUCUCAAACAGCUGCAGACUUGAGUUUCAUAAUUCAAAACUGUCUAUAAUCUUUUCAAACUUGUAAUACAAUAUUUGGUAUAUUUUCCAUUUAUACUGUACAAUUAUAUUCUUACAUGCAUUUCUAUGGACGAUUCAUCUAUUUAACAAUAUUAGUUACUCAGAGAACCAUAGUUACAACCAUAGUUACAUAUUAUCCUUGCUAGGGAUUGUGGGAAAUUGAGUCCUGCUGUUAAUUAUAUGGUUAGUCUUUCCUCGUAAAGCUGUAAACCAGUCAACCCUUUUGGAGAAUGUCAAAUGGGGAAAUGUUUUUAAUUCUUGUUGAAAACAUUUUUAAUUGAAAGGUUUUUAUUUUAUUGUAAUGGCCAACUUGUAAGCUACAAAAAAGAAAAUCAAAAAAAGAAAAUGUGUGUUUGAACAGGUUUUACAACGAUGUAAACCUUUUUUAUUUGAUAAUAAAACUGUCUUCAUGAAA